AUGCUUUUGAGGACGAUUCAUUUUAGCAGCAGGGAACACGAGAAUAACAAUGAUAGAUUCUACAAGAUCAGACCUGUUCUUGAUAUGUUGAAUAACUCUUUUCAGCAGACUUAUACAGUUGGAAAAGAAAUGAAAUACCUCGCAAAAGAUGUCACGACCAAGAAGCUCAAAAAACAUGAGUACAUUGCGCGAGAAACUAAUGAUGGGAUCGUCGUUUCCAAAUGGAAAGUUGCUAGGGACGUACUUAUGUUAUCUACAGUUCACGGAAUUGGCAUGAGAGUUCCGCCACCUUCGAGUAAACGAAAGAGAGCAUUUUCUCCAAGCUGCAGUAACGAGGAGCCCACUCCAAAAAAGAAAAAAGAAACAAUCAAAACGCCAACAUUGAAACCAGACGCAAUUAUUGCUUAUAAUAAUGGCAAGUGUGGUAUUGACAAGUCCGACCAAAUGGCGUCCUACAGUACAUGCAAUCGACGAGGCGUCAAAUGGUACCGAAAGGUACUUGUCUUUGCAGAAAUUCAUCCUAAUUUAGCUAAGGACAGUGUUGGGCUUCGAUGGAGAUCAAAGGAGACAAUUAAUAGGAAGUGGGACGAAUUAGCGAUAUGUCUGAAUACUCAUGGAUCUGGAGCUACAAUGCUGGAGAAGGAUAACAACAACUCUGAACCAGAUCCCUAUGAUACUGAUGAAGGCGAUGAUUAUGUUCCUGAUGAUCAAUCUGAUUCAAGUGAGAAUGAUGAGACUGAGCACGUUACACCAAGAAAAACAAAAAAGCGUAGAAAAAACAUCGCUUUGUGGAAAAGGAAUGAAAAAAAGAGACUCAGAACAGCAGGAAAGAUGUAUGAAGGGCACAAAGGGAAAAUUCGUCCAGAGAGGAACCUUAGAACUUUCGUCCAUACAUGCAGUGAUACAUGCUCAAAAUGCGACAAGCUGAACAAUAUCAUCAAAAACUCAAAUAAUGAAAACGAGGUGAGUAUUUCCAAAGUGAGCUUAGAGGUGCAUCAGAGGAAAGCUCAAAAAGCAUGUGAAAUGAAAAAGAUGGACGCUGAAAAUAGUAAAGCCUUAGACGAUACCAUCGCAAUUUGCUUUGAUCUUCAACAGACAUUACCAACGCCUUUGCUCACUACAUCAAAAGUUUUCUACCUUCGACAGCUCUGGACUUACAACUUCUGCAUACAUAAUCUGGGUACUGGAGAAGCUCGCAUGUACACAUGGGAUGAAACUGUUUCUGGUAGAGGUUCCCAAGAAAUAGGAUCAUGCUUGCUGCAUUUUUUCAAGUCACUUCCAUCAAAUAUCACAAAAAUAAUAGCCUACAGUGACUCAUGUGGCGGGCAAAAUAAAAAUAAGAAUAUUUGCAAACUGUUUAUGUUUGCAAUAAAGGCCACCCAUAUUAAAGAAAUUCACCACAAAUUCCUGGAGCCAGGUCACACUUAUAUGGAAUGUGACCGAGAUUUCGCACUUAUAGAGAAGAAUAAAAAAAAGAUUCCUCAAGUUUUUAUUCCAAGCCACUGGAGGGAAGUAAUUGCAGCUUCAAACAAAAAAUUUAUGAUUCACAACAUGACCAGAGAAAUGUUUUUCUCUUUUGAAAAACUGAAUAAAAAAUAG